CUCGAUUACAGACAAUCGCACAGGAAUUCUGGGUAAUACAGCCUCUUUUUCACGUGGACUCCCAACGGCAACAUGGGAGCCAAGAAGGCAGAUGCUAAGGGAGCCAAAGGCAGCAAGGCACAGCCAGGCAAGCCCAAAAAGGAAGGUGGUGGCAAAUCAAAGAAGAAGAAGUGGUCCAAGGGAAAAGUCCGUGACAAGUUGAACAACCUUGUUCUCUACGACAAGCCUACCUACGAAAAGCUGUACAAGGAAGUCCCCAACUACAAGCUCAUCACACCGUCUGUGGUGUCUGAAAGACUCAAGGUCAGAGGGUCUCUCGCCAAGAAGGGCCUCAGAGAAUUGUGCGCUAAAGGUUUGAUUAAACUGGUAUCCAAACACAGCUCUCAGAUGAUCUACACUCGAGCAACCAAGGGUGAUGAUGAGUAGAUGACUUGUUUGUAUUAAGAUAAAUAAAAGAAAAAAAUCUGA